CCGCUUUGGUCAUGUGGGUGUGAUUCUGUGUAUGUAAUUGGUCUGUUUGCUGAUCGGGCGCGAUUUUGCAACGCGGUAUAGCACUUGUGUGGGCGCAUUCUGUUCAGAGCGGACGUGCAGCACCAAGAUUAACAUUGAGAUAUUUUUUAUGAUUCCAUAUACUUUGUAGCUGAAGACGGAUCUGUAUUUUUGCUCUUCGGAAAUGAAGGACAUAUUCACACCGGAUUAACACGGCGCGACAUUUUCUUAUUGUUAAAGUUAAAGAGAAGCUGUUCAUUUUCAGCCAUUUCCGGGUUUUUUGACGGCAUCCAAACAAUGGCCGAUAGCAAACACCCGCAUGUUAUCUUUUGUAACGACUCACCCAAGAGGGUUCUGGUGUCGGUCAUCAAGACCACUCCGAUCAAGCCCAUUAAGGCCGAGGCCAUGACUCCCACCAGCCCGGGGUUCAGCGACUUCAUGGUGUACCCGUGGAAGUGGGGGGAGAACGCCCACAAUGUGUCACUGAGUCCGGGCUCACUGAGCGGGGCUUCGUCUCCCUGCGGCACCACCGGAGAGGCCGACGCGUCUCAAUCACCCGAUCAGAUGAAGGAUGGCAUCCGCAGAGGUCGUCCGAGAGCUGAAACUGUCCGAGAGCUGAUCAGUGAAGGGGAAACAUCCUCUAGCCGCAUCCGCUGCAACAUCUGCAACCGGGUGUUCCCCAGAGAGAAGUCGCUCCAGGCCCAUAAGAGAACACACACAGGCGAGCGACCGUAUUUGUGUGACUAUCCAAAUUGUGGCAAGGCCUUUGUCCAGAGUGGUCAGCUGAAGACGCACCAGCGGCUGCACACUGGAGAGAAACCCUUUGUUUGCUCAGAAAAAGGGUGUGGCAAUCGAUUCACGCACGCCAACCGUCAUUGCCCCAAGCAUCCAUUUUCCCGUCUCAAGAGGGAGGAGCCAAAGGAAGGGGCAGGCAAGGCGCAGUCUGUGGACAACAAGGCAGUGGCAGAGUGGCUGGCAAAGUACUGGCGGACCCGUGAGCAGCGUGCCCCCACCACCACCAAGGGGAAGGUACAGAGUAAAGCCAGAGCGCAGGACCAGGAGCAGCGGGACCCGAUGGAGUUCCUUCAGUCCGAUGACGAGAAGGGCGAAGAGGAAGAGAUGGCGGAGGAGGAGAAGGGCAGCCACGGCGGAGCCGCCAGGCGUCGCCUCCAGGAGCAGCGGGAGCGUCUCCACGGUGCUCUGGCGCUCAUUGAGCUGGCCAACCUGUCUGCCUGAGCAGCACCCCAAAUCACUUACGUCCAGCCCCAGUCUGCCUUCCUUCCUUGUGCUGUAGCUAGAGAACCGUUUCCUAACACAGAUCCACUCUUGCUUCAAGAACCGGCCUGAGAUCAGUGUUGAUGCACAGCAGCCCCACCCCUCCCUGGAAGGCACAAGCUAAAGCACCUUAUUCAGCUUCCAUUUAUCCUUUUAGGCUGCUAUUGUAGAUUUUACUAUAUGAAGAAUGUCACUCUUUUCUGCCUUUUAAAGGCGAUCAAAGAGUUCAGAUUGUGUUUUUUUUGUUUGCACUUUGACAAGUUUUGGAAAAGGUAUGUUUAGUGUGUGUGAUUGUAAAUAUGGUUGAAGAUUUGAUGACAGGGUGUAACGCCUCAGCCUCGUGUCGGUGUAAGACAGAGAGAAGCGAAAAUUGGCCUUAACCUGUAUUAGGUGAAGAGAUGGUGGAAUUUUAGGGUUUGGGUGGGGGUGGGAAUACAGUCAGACAUGGGUCAUGUUUCCUUUUCGCGAGGACAGGUGAUCAUUGCAAGCCUAAUCCGCUUCUCACAACAUUGGAUCAGCACAUGCACUUAAAACCCUUUUCCACCCAGCAGUACACUUAGGUGCAAAAUAUUUAGACUUUGCUGUGCCACAUUUUGGCACAUUUUACUUUUUUUUUUCUACCAAGUGGUACCGUUCAGAUCUGGUAAAUCGUUGCCUGGCACAAAUCCUGCAAAACCGCAGCAUGCAGCGUACAGCUACAAUUGUGUAACGCAAAAGUGCAGGAGCGGUACGUGCCGGAAGAAACACACUGCACGCUGUCCAUUGAAACAUACAGUACCUGUCAAAAGAUACUUUCUCAUUUAAUAAUGUCAAAGUGUCUCCAAAUGUUUGGUACUGUAGGCGGUGUCCCACCUGCGUUGCGGCUCUUGAUGCUACUCCAGAGUAUCUAGUGUAUCUCACCCCACCCUUGUAGUGCAGUACAGUACUGUACUGUACAGCUUGGCGGAAACAAGGCCAAGACAGGAUAUUAUAGUGUGUUUGGUAUAAAUGAGAAAAGAGGCUUGUGUGUUUUUUAAAUGUAUGUAUGGACAGUUCAUUCUGAGCUCAUAGUUCAUCUUUCUUGGGUCAGUAUGUAAAAUAUAUUUUUUUUAAAUUAAGCACUUGGGCUUAUAAAAAAAACACAUUGGAUUCCAUCUUGCAAUGCCUGAAAUACACGUGCUGUCCAGGAAAUAGCCUGCAGUUUGUCAAACACGUUUGUUGUAUUGUAGUACAGGAUGCAAGUGUAUGUUUGUUUUAAGCUACACUACAGAAGAACACUGUAUCUUGCUUCUUAAUACCCAUAAUUCAUUUUCUGUUUUGGAGCCAUCCAUGCAUAAUAACCCGAUAGGAUUGCAUUUUUUGGAUUCCCGAAUGUCCCAAGAGGUGAAACUGGAAUUUAGUUGAGAGUCAAGGCACCAAAUGAUGUUUUGUAUAGUAUAUUCUGAAACAUUUCUUCUAACCAAUAGGCUUGUUUUUUUGUUUGUUUGUUUGUUUUAUGAGUGUGGUUUUGAAAAAUGAUGGCAUUUAAUAUAUACAUAGAAUAAUAUUGAUUGUGCACAACUUACCAAGAGCGUUGUCAUGGAAUUCUAGAAUCAGUUCCCUCCCAUGCUAACAUCUUCUGACAUGUAUCGAGUGACCCUUACUUGCUUGGUUUGGUUUCUGUUAAAGCUUCUCUAAUAAGCUGUCCAUUAUGUAAUAACAUUGCUGGUUUUCAAUAAACAUUCACACACUG